CCAAGAGCUAUAGUGAUUCAUAAUGAAAUAUACUAAAUUGAAUUUUAUGAUGUCAGUUCUUGGCAUGAUAAUCUAUAUAACUGAUUUAAUUGUGGACAUCUGGUUAUCUGUUAGGUUUUUCUAUGAAGGACAAUAUGUUUUUGGUGUUUUAACAGUAAGCUUUAUGCUCUUUGGAACACUUGUGGUCCAGUGUUUUAGUUAUUCUUGGUUCAAGGCCGAUUUAAAGAAAGCAGGCCAAGAAAGUCAGCAUUGUUUUCUUCUACUUCACUGCUUGCAAGGAGGAAUUUUUACAAGGUAUUGGUUUGCCUUGAAAAAGGGGUAUUAUGUGGCUUUCAAAUAUAGCAACAAAACUGAUAACUUCAUAGAAGAACAAAUUGAUCCACAUAAAGAAGCUAUAGAUACAAUGACUGAUUUGAGCAUGCUCAGGCUAUUUGAAACCUACUUGGAAGGCUGUCCACAACUUGUUCUUCAGCUCUAUAUCUUUCUGGAACAUGGUCAAGCAAAUUUCAGUCAGUAUGCAGCCAUCAUGAUCUCUUGCUGUGCUAUUUCUUGGGCAACUGUUGAUUAUCAAGUAGCUUUAAGAAAAUCCUUGCUUGAUAAAAAUCUUCUUAAUGGCCUCUGUCCCAAACUCACAUAUCUCCUUUAUAAGUUGUUUACAUUAUUAUCUUGGAUGCUGAGUGUUGUAGUUCUUUUUUUCUUAAAUGUUAAGAUUGCUUUAUGUCUUUUGUUAUUUUUUUGGUUUUUAGGUAUAUUGUGGGCAUUUAAAAACCAAACUCAGUUUUGUGUCUCCAUGAUUAUGGAGUUCUUGUACAGGAUUGUUGUUGGAUUUAUUCUUAUUUUUACAUUUUUUAAUAUUAAGGGACAGGAUACCAAAUGUCCGAUGUCUUGUUAUUAUAUUGUAAGGGUACUGGCAACAUUGGGGAUAUUGAUUGUGUUGUGGCUGUGCCCACUUUCUAUUUUUAAUUCAGACUAUUUUAUACCUAUCAGUAUUAUUAUAGCUCUUACUCUUUUCCUUGGAAUUCUUCUUCUUAUUGUUUAUUAUGGGACUUUGCAUCCAAAGAGAAGUGAAGAAAUGAAACCUGAUGAAAUUGAUGGAAAACCAGCUCAAAUAGAUUGUAGAAUGAAGUAUUUCCUAAUGGAAUAAGCUAUUUAUUUAUGAGAAAUAUUUUCUCAUUUUUUGUUUCAUUGAUUAGUAAAGAAAA